GUAUGGAACGCCUUGUAAGAACGAACUUCGUGUGAGCUAUUUACUUACGGAAUGCCAAGAGACUUUGCUCGUUUUGUAGGAUGCUGAAUUUUAAAAAAAUUAAAACUUCAAAUCAAGGGAUACCAUAGAUGGCUAGUAUUCUAAAGCAACAGCUUUUGACGGAAGAAGAAGCGUUUCUACGGAAGAUGCAAUUCAAACUGAACGAACAGCUAGGCAGAUUGAAAGUCGAAGAAGCGACUUUACUGGAGCUACUGUCCACUCAACAACCCAAAGAAAUGGUAUCCCAACACAGUCAACGGGGCAUAACUACUGGUAGUAACUCAAAUGAUAUCAAUCAAGCUGAUAGUAAUACCCCCAACGGCUUUUCUGAUACUUCAAGCCAAGGCGAAACUACUAAAUUACCAAGUGGCAAUGUGUUGAUUGGAGGAAACCAUUGCAUAGCCAGCCUAGACGAGACUGCACAUGGGCUAUCCGUUGCUCCUGAUGAAUUGUUAAAACAGCAUCCAAGUACAGCUACACUAUUCAGCUCUCAAGUACAGAAAUCUGGAACAGAUCUGCCUGUGACAGAUGACAUUACUACAGUUAAUCAAACCCCACUGGAAAAUUUACAGCCCAUUUCUUUGACGUGUGAGAUGACUGAAAAUGUUGAAGAGAUUGAAGAGGAGAUGGAGUAGUUGACAUGCCUGUCCUUAAAAUGGUCAGCACCAUGGACUCAUCACACGCUCCCUCUCCCGUGGAAGGAAGGGGGAAGCUGUUUGGGUGUAGGGUUGUCGCCAAGGGUCAGUAACCCUGACCCUGUUUAGGACAGAAUACCUCAAAUAACAUAUACCCUAUUUAAGACAAGAAAACAAUUUUCAUAUGCUGUUAAGGACAAAAAAAAAUCAUAUUCUGUUUAGGCCAAAGGAUUAUGAUAAAAAGGCUUGAUGUCAUUCUACUUCCCUGUGGAAGCACGAUAAAUCGGGACCCUGUUCAGGACAGAUAGGCACAAAGUAAAUACCCUGCUUAGGGUAAGGGAGGGUAGGAGAUCACAUGAUUUAUAAUAUUUAAGCCACAUUUUUUUACUCCUAUAUUGUAAGAAUACUAUGUGCCAUUACAUGAAUCUUGUCACUGUAUAUAUUAUUUGUAUAACUCAAAAACCCUUUUGUGUUU